AUAUAGGCAGCAGAACUGCAGAGAAGAGGAACCGUUUCUGGAAGCCAAGGCAGAUGACAGAGACAAAAACCUGAUUCACUGAACUCAAGUUGCAAAACUUUUCCAGUUGGAGUCCAACUACCAAAGCAGAUGGAAGUGCUGAAUCCACGCAGUGUCCUGGUGACGGGAUCUAAUCGGGGCAUCGGCCUGGAGCUGGUGAAGCAACUGGUGGGGAAAAGCAACCCCCCAGAACGGAUCUUUGCCACUUGCCGUGACCCAGAGGGUCCCCGUGCAAAGAGCUUGAAGAACCUGGCUGCCCAGCACCAGCACCGAAUAGAAGUCAUCCAGCUUGACACUUCUGAUCCAUCCAGCAUCCAAGCUGCUGCAGCCACAAUUACCGAACGUCUACACGGAGCUGGGUUGAAUCUGUUGUUCAACAAUGCUGGAAUAGUAAAGCCAUCCUCUCUGGAAUCAGAGACACCAGAAAACAUGUCAGAGGUGUACAAAACCAAUGUCAUUGGUCCCAUGGUGAUGGGCCAGGUCUUCCUACCUUUGCUGAAGAAGGCAUCCCAGAAAAGUGUCCUGAAAGGAAUGAGCUGCAGCAAAGCUGCAAUUGUUAACAUAUCCAGUGACUGCGGCUCCAUCACCAAUGUUCUGGGAUGGGAUAUGGGACAAGUUCCCAACUAUCGCUGCAGCAAGGCUGCUUUAAACAUGCUCAACCGAUGCCAGUCUCUGCAAUAUGCCAAAGAUGAGAUCCUGUGUGUUGUAUUGCACCCUGGAUGGCUGCAGACAGAUAUGGGACAAGGAACUGAAAACUUGACAGCCCCAACUACAGUUGAGGAUGGUGUACGAGAAAUUCUUAAAACACUUGGCCAUCUCUCCGAGAAAGAAACGGGCACUUUUGUGAACUCGGAUGGAAAAUCUCUUCCUUGGUAAUCCAGCAACUUUCAGUUAGCCUGCCUUUUAAGAAGAAGCCCUGAAGAGCCCUGAAGAUUGGCCACAAUAAAAGAGUUUUGAUUUGUAAUGUUCCUUAAAACAAUAAAA